AUCAGCAGCAGUGGGUAAAAAGCUCAGUUAGAAACCCAGAAUAAGUACUUUACCCGGUCUCAGUCUUCACCUUCGGCUCCUUCCUCCCAUUUUCAACUCAUUUCUCCACUUUUGAUCCAGGCAGGAAACCCGUGGACAUGGCUCCCAAAAGGCUCAAGGUUGGACACAAACAGCCGGACAUCCGAGCCUUCACCGUUCCAAGGAAGAGUGUUCCUGGCACUUCCUGUAACACACCUGGGAAACAGCCAGAGCCUCAGACUCCAACAUGCACUCCGCUGAGAGUGAAGAAUGAGGACGGUGGUGAUUAUGUGGUCUCACGUUUACACCAUUUCACCGUGAAAUUGAGUCCGUCUGACCAAAAGGAGUACUACAUUGAUUGUGAUCAACCACGCACAGUGCUGGAGGCAAUCAAAUCCACUCUUAGUACUCAUGAGAAGAUGCCAACAUGUGCAGAUGAGAACAUUAUCAUUCAGAUGGGUAAAGAAGAUAGGGAGUCAAUACUUGCCACUCACUUCCCUUGUACCUGUGUUCCUGAUGGUGAAUCUCUGAUUAUAUCAUGCAAAUCAGAAAAGGUUGAGGUUUUGGAGGAACGUGAUGCAGAAGUACACCCGCAAGACAAAUACUCUGUCUUCUACAUCGAUACAGUGGGAGGUCUUAACACUAAAACCAAAGACCUGUUUAGGAGCAAAAUAUCCAAACAGUAUAAGAAGCUUUGUGUUUAUGGGGUGAAAGGGAUAACUGUGAAGGAGGCUCUGAUGCGAGACGGUCGAUUCAUGUCUCUUGGAGAAUUCGAGUUGUCUGAUAAUGAGAACCCCAAUCUCCUCACUCUUUGCACUCAGAAGGUGGACAACCUCCACCAGAAAACAUUCAAGAUCUGCCUUCCACUGAAUAAAAGACAAGGUAUUGAAAAGUCAACUAGAUCCAUGUCAGAAGUAAUGAGUCAAAGUGGAAAAAGUGUGAAAAGAGCAAUGCAAGAGCGAGGUAGCAUUGAUAUUGAGGAGAUCCAUGAACUACUGCGUCAGCAGUUUCCAGAUUUGAAAAGACUGAUGGAGUGUAAGUUUCCUGAAGGGUCUUAUCAGAAACAACUGAACCUGAGGAAGGAGAACUUUGGAAAGAUUCAGCAGGCUUUCAGUGAAGUUCACAGAAUCAAAACGCUGCUAGAAAUGGGAAAGUCAGUUUGUAAAGUAAUUGUGGAAAACGUUUGUCAGGGAACUGGUUUUGUGCUGUUUGACAACUUCAUUCUGACCAAUGCUCAUCUGUUUAAAGGUUGCAUGAAAGGAAACAAGCUAAAGGGGCACAUUAAAGUCCAUGCUCUGUUUAACUAUGAAAAACCAGAGCCAGACAUCAGUUACUUCCACUUUAUUGUAAAGUCGCUGAUAAACUUUGAUACCGAGCUGGACUAUGCUGUACUUGAGCUCGAACCUGAAGGCCAAAAGCUUAACAAACAAAAGAACACAAAGAAUAUAAAAGUACCUCCAGGGCUUCUGGGGAAACUUGGUCCAAAGCCUGAGAAUGGUGAGGCUUGUAUUAUUGGUCAUCCAGCAGGAGGAGUGAAAAAAAUAGACUCCACAUGUAUCAUUGAGCCUGAGAAAAGAGAACAGGCUGUUAAUGACCAUUUGGCUCGUUACCUGGACACAAUGAUGGUUGUCCAGAUAAUAAAUCAAAUAAAGGAUCAAGGCAUUGAAGAAAUAUUUAUGGGUGGAGAUAAAGAAGACGUGUCUACUUACCACACUUACAUGUAUCACGGAGCUUCUGGUUCUCCGGUGUUUGAUGCUCACGGGCAGCUUUUUGGGCUCCACACGGCAGGAUUUUAUUACGAGUUCGUAGAGAAGAACAGCGUGAUUGAGUACGCCCAACCUAUUCUUGCUAUAUUUGAAAAGUUUGUCUGGGAUCUGAAGACAAGUGGAAACAUACAGAUUCUGGACAGAGUUAAGGAGUUAGUGACAGACAAUGAGAAGCUGAAAGAGAUACUUGAGGUUGAGCCAAUGGAGGAAGAAUGA